AUGGCUGAGCAGAACGAACAGCAGCAGCAGAAGAAAGGCUUUUUUGGAACGGCGGCGAGUGGAUUGGGAAACACCCUCGGCGCCGCAACCAACACCGUCGGAAAGGGUGUCCAGGGUAUAACGGAUACAACGGGGAAUGUAGUUGCGGCUGGUGGGAAGGGGUUGGGGGAUGCGGUGACGGGGGUUACGUCUGGUGUUGGGGAGACGACGAAAGCUGCUGGCAAGUUUGUGGGGGAUACGACAGGAGCUGGGGCAAAGAGUGUGCAGGGGGAGAAUAAAUGA